ACAUAAAAAGUCCAGGUGGCCUGAGUGCAGGAAUAUAGUCAGAAUGAUGUUCUUUAUCAACAGUGCUCUGUUUUUGAUGCUUGUGGCCACAACUGUGGCCCAAACAGGAGUUCCACAGUUAAGGGACAGUGUAGACCAGUGGACCAUCUCUGUGGAGAUUCCACAAACUUAUGACUUGGAUGAGCUGCAGCCCUAUGACUCGGAUGAGCUGCAGACCUAUGACUCGGAUGAGCUGCAGACCUAUGACUCGGAUGAGCUGCAGACCUAUGACUCGGAUGAGCUGCAGACCUAUGACUCGGAUGAGCUGCAGACCUAUGACUCGGAUGAGCUGCAGACCUAUGACUCGGAUGAGCUGCAGACCUAUGACUCGGAUGAGCUGCAGACCUAUGACUCGGAUGAGCUGCAGACCUCUGACUCGGAUGAGCUGCAGACCUCUGACUCGGAUGAGCUGCAGACCUCUGACUCGGAUGAGCUGCAGACCUACGACUCGGAUGAGCUGCAGACCUACGACUCGGAUGAGCUGCAGACCUAUGACUCGGAUGAGCUGCAGACCUAUGACUCGGAUGAGCUGCAGACCUAUGACUCGGAUGAGCUGCAGACCUAUGACUCGGAUGAGCUGCAGACCUAUGACUCGGAUGAGCUGCAGACCUAUGACUCGGAUGAGCUGCAGACCUCUGACUCGGAUGAGCUGCAGACCUACGACUCGGAUGAGCUGCAGACCUACGACUCGGAUGAGCUGCAGACCUACGACUCGGAUGAGCUGCAGACCUACGACUCGGAUGAGACUCCUGGUGUAGAGGAACAAGGUCAACUGAAGGUGUGUCCAGUCUGGCUCUUGUUACUGGUGGUCCCUCUAGUGUUGCUGACUGCUAUGGGAGCUUUGUCUGUGGGCUACUACAUGUGUGUGUGGAGGGGUGGUAGAAUAGGCUACUGUCCCAGCAGAGGCCUAUUAACAAAAUGUUAACAAAUUUGCUUUCUGUUCUGAUUGGUAUGACAAUAAAUGAUUACAUAAAUGUU